CGUCAAGUUUAACUUGACGUGUGUGUUAUCGUGUUAUUUACUUUAAAAAACACGAAAAUCCAUGAACCAUUGCCCAAUGAUAUUUUUCUAAUAUAACCUGGAAGAUGUGGGAAAUUAUAAUUCUUUCAAUACUAUCGGUGAUCGCCUUCCUUAUCACAGAUGAAUUAAUACCUAAUCUUACAGACUUGUUUGUUAAAGCCGGUCUGUUUGGAAUAGAUUUAUGUAAAACUAGUAAGAAGAAAAUCCCAGAAGCUAUAGGUGUUGUAUCUGGUUGUGUGUUUUUAAUAACAAGUUUUCUAUUUAUUCCCGUUGUUUUUGGCAAUGGCUUGAUGGACACACAACACUUUCCUCACAAUGAAUUUGCUGAAGUACUGGCUGGAUUGUUGUCUAUCUGUUGUAUGCUGCUCCUUGGGUUUGCAGAUGAUGUUUUAGACUUAAGAUGGAGAUACAAACUGUUGCUUCCAACAGUGGCAUCACUACCUUUGCUUGUAGUGUAUUAUGUCAAUUUCAACUCUACCACUUUUGUGGUUCCCAUUCCAUUGAGGCAAUGGUUGGGAGUUUCCAUCAAUAUAGGUGUGCUCUAUUAUGUCUACAUGGGAAUGUUAGCUGUUUUCUGUACAAAUGCUAUAAACAUACUGGCUGGAGUCAAUGGGCUUGAAGUUGGGCAAUCAGUUGUUAUAGCAUUAUCAAUAAUUCUUUUUGAUAUAAUUGAACUGCGAGGAGAUCAGUAUAAAGCCCACACAUUUUCUUUACAUAUAAUGAUCCCUUAUCUGGCUACAACAUUAGCACUGCUAAAGCAUAAUUGGUAUCCUUCCAAGGUGUUUGUGGGAGAUACAUUUUGCUAUGUUUCUGGAAUGACAUUUGCAGUUGUAGCUAUUUUAAGUCACUUUAGUAAGACUGUUUUACUGUUUUUUUUGCCACAAAUUAUAAACUUUUUGUAUUCAGUGCCUCAACUAUUCCAUAUUAUUCCAUGCCCAAGACAUCGUUUGCCGAAAUAUAGUGAAGAGACAGAUUUACUUCAUGCAAGCAGAACAAUAAUAGUAAAGAAAGAAAUGACUGCACUAACUAAAUUAAUACUUCGGGUCUUAACUUUAUUACAUCUAAUUGAUAAGAUUGAAGACAAAGAAAGUAUAACUAUUAACAAUAUGACCCUUAUUAAUUUAUUUUUAAUAAAAUUAGGGCCUACACCUGAAGUACAAUUAACCAAAAACCUCAUGAUGUUUCAAGGUUUUUGUACAUGUUUAGCUUUCAUUAUAAGAUAUCCAUUAGCAUCAUAUUUUUAUAACAGUUAACUCAAGUUGAUCAAUACAUACAUGACAUGUGACCAUUGUUCGUAUAAUUUGACUGAUACAGCUAUACUUCGGCUUGGUAUGGGGCGCGGCGAAACGGGAGCACUGGCUGUUUGAACAAUCCAUUACAAAUAUCAACCUAAUUCUCUUUUCUUACCGGCCCCACCUCCCUGCGCCUUCCUAGGGUGUGAUAAGCUAAUUCUGGUCUAAUUAUUAUAAACCUAACUAAUCGAUUCAUUCAUUAUUUUUACAGUGUUCAGUUUUAAAGUAUGGUUAUAUUGCUACUGGCAAAUAAGAGCUUUUGAAAAUUCAUAUCUCCUGAUCAAUAUGAGACAUUUUUUAAAUCUUCUAAAGAGUAUGUAUAUCGUAUAGGGCACAUUGGUUUAGGUAGAUAAAGUACCUAGCUCAUUAUAUUUCCUUAGUACCUAGCUCAUUAUAUUUCCUUUAUGAGUUUUAACUUAUUCAUUAGGGUAUAUUGUACGUAGGUACUGUUAUUGCAAAUCCAUGGACGCCGAGAAUAACAGGGUCAUGGAGUAUUUACAUGUUUCUGAUAAUCAGGCAAUAAUAAUUAAAUCGGAAAAUUGUAAUUACUUAACAUUUUAUUUUAGUAUUUUUUAUGUAACAGGUUAGCCAAAGAUAAAAAUGAAUGUGAUACAAAUUAAUAAGUUUUCACAAUGUUAACAAUCUAAGUACCAACAUUACUUAUUCAACUCAUUCAUUGCUCUUUGUCUAAGAUUGAUUCAUUAUAUACUUAGAUAUAUUUAGUCUUAUUUAGUUCCUUAUAAUAGUAAUGGCUGUUAAUAUUUUUAUAUGUUGUUUAUUAAAUGUAUACAAUAAAUAAGAAUAACAAAAUCACGUUUUUUAUUUUCGGCAAAAUCAACAAUAAUAAUAAUUUUUGUUCAUCACAAAUUUAAUCAAUGAUAGGUACUUAGGUACAUAAUCAAUAAUGAAGUUCGCAUUUGCAAAAGUAUUAUUUUAUAAAUUUAAAUUUAAGAGAGUACGAUAGCAAUUGUAAAGUAGAGGAUUCUUUGUUAUGGUACUUAUACCAAAAGUAUUUGUGUAAAAUCUUGAGAAAAAUUAAUUGGCUUAUAAGUUCCACAGGCACACUCCUUGUCUGGGUAGUGUUUGUUCAGCUUUAUAAUCUGCACCUACCUACCUUUGGUAUGUUGGCGAGUAUAACUUCUUUGUCUUGCAUUGCUUGAUCAUAACAUUUUAAUAAUCACGUAAUUAUUGUUAGGUAUUAAUGAUUGUUAGACAAAUUAUUAAUGUAUGACAAUAAGACUAAGAGUUUGGCUAUUACCAUUAAUUGCCUAAAACAUUUGUAUAAAAUUAAGUAGGUAAAAUAAGUUUUUAACAAACAAUUUUCACUAAUUUUGGAGAUUCUUACCGCGCGGUUAGUAAGAUCACCAUAUUUCACCCAGAUAUUAUAAUAUCCAACAGGAUGACAUUAUAAUAUGUAUAAAUGAAUUCAAGCACAUGCAAUUUGUGAUGUUUCUUUAUUAACAACUGGAAUACAUACAGCAACCAUCUACAAUUUUCUCAACAAGCAUCUGACCAGUAUUUAAAUAGUGUUUCGAAAUUAUAAAUUCUUAGGGAUAUCCUGCUUAAACUACAGUUUAAAUUAAUAAUAAGAAUAUUAUAAGUACAUUUAUCAUUUAAACUUAUAUGUUUAUUUACACAAUACAUAAAUACAUCAAUUCCAUAAUCAUAUUAGUAUUAAAUUUUAUAAAGAUGUUUCCUUUGGUCUUUACCAAGUUACUUUUGUUCCAGAGCUACAAACAUUGUAAAUUUUUAAAACUAUAAAUAUGGUUGAAAUGAUAAAGUACUUUAAAAAUAAAUGGCUACAGAAUAUUUAUAUUAUCUGAACUUAAUUUAACCAUAUAUCAUACAAUAUAUUGUCCUCUGCAUCAUUGUCAUUUAUGACCCGUAAUGUUUUGAGGGUUUGUAAGUAGAAAGUUAAUUCUGAUGUAACCACACCAUGCUGAGGACUUCCAUUUGCUACAAUAUUCAUCUUCACUAAUUGUUCUCUAAGCUUGUCUUUGAAAUUAUCAUGUACUCUUUUAUAAAUGGUUCGUAUUUGUUCAUUGGGAAAUAUAUCAAUAAGUGCUUCAUGUAACUUAACUAAAUGUUUCGAAAUAUUUCGGAAUGUUUGAGAUGGAACUGGUGGUUUGGCAUCCCACCCAUUCAGUUGAGAUGCAAGCAUAUUACUUACUAUGAGACAAAUCUUAUUUUCUAUUUCUUGCUUAUGGCUGACUAUAUCACUCUCUAUAUUACUAAAACCAUUAAGUGAUAUAUCUUUAGAGUGCUGUUUCUCUAGCAACCCUCUUAUUUUGGGUAAAAACCACAUGACAACCUGUAGGGAUCUAGAAACCAAAGCAAGAUUGGAUGUAGAGAUAGUUUUUAGACCAGCACUUUGUAUUGCUCCAGCACCUAAAACUAAUUGGCAGCACCGAGAAUUGAAUAACCGGAUCAAUUCUAACAUGCAGUGAACCAAAUACUGAACAAUGACAGGAGAUUGUUUAGUUGCAUCACAAUAUUCCAGUAAUAUUUUUAUCAAUAGUUGUACUGUUGCUACAACAGCAUAACUUUCCUUAUUAAUUAACAAAUAUUUUCCAUCAGGUUUGCCACUGUCAUACUGUACAGUACUUGGUAUUUCUCCUGAUUCAUGAAUAAUAUUUAUUGCACUCUGUAACUCACUAGGUACAUCUGCAGCUUUCCAUCUCUCUGUAUUUAGAGCAUUAGUCAGUUGAGUUCUUCUUUCAGCAUGUAAACAUUGUAUAUACUUCAUAGCAUAGCUUCUUAGAGCUAGCUUCAUUGCAUUACUAGAAUGUCCAGUAAUUUCUUCACAUUGAUCACAAAAGCUUUCAAUGAGUUUAGAUAAGGUUGAUAACUGAGACAUAUCAGAAAAAACAUAAUCUUUGUCAGUUUUGGUUACUAUUAGAUUAGCACAUCUUUCAUUGCAAUAAUCAGAGAGGGAUCCUAUCAUUUUUUUUAACUUUUCUUCCACCACACCUAGUUCCUCAGGUGACCACACAUCUUCACUAUCAUUUCCAGUAACAUCAUCCAUUUGAGUAAUUUCCAAUAUCAAGUGGUGUAAGGCCAAUAUUCUUUUGAAUAAAAUUAUUAAAUUUGGAGUAACUUUUUCCAGAAAUGUUAUACCUUCAUUACACAACAGCCACAUGUUGUCUGCAUUAGAUCCCCUUAAAACAAUUUCUGUAUUUCCAUCUCUUUCAGAAAUGAUUUCUAUAACAGAUUGUUUGAUAGUAGCUUGAAUAGACGUCAUUGCUUCUAUUUUAAAAGUAUCUAUGAAAUCUAAUUCCUUUAGGCGAAGGAUUCCAGAAACUAUUGAUACAACUUUUUCUCUUUCUGGUAUUUCUGUGUCAUCCUUUGGAUGUCUAUUUAAGUCUGUUACAAUGAAUCUUAAAAACUCAUUGCUUAACAUUUUAUGUAUUAAUCUUUUCAUUUCAGUCAGUUGUGGAGAUAAAUGACGAAAUGCUUGUAUUCCUGACAGGCGUGUUGAUAACACCUUUUGGGUGGAACUGAUCAAGUCUAAGGCUGCUACAUAAUCUGAGGUGCUCAAGAGAAGCUGUAUCAUUGGUUGAGUUUGCUGUACAGUUCCCAUCAACUUUAAAAGGUCAUGGACAUUGUUCAAGUUAUGAUUUAUUCUUGUCAAACUUGCUAAUUUCAGAGGACAUUCUGUUAAAUUGCCCUUAACAUGGGUUAUGUUUUGUCUUGUUUUUCUCACAGUAUUCACAGCUCUUGCCAUCUGCUCCAUUAUUGUGUCAUGAGAUAACAUUGCAUGAAAAAAUGCAUCAGACUUUUGAGCUACUUGCUUAGAGAUUUUCAUUUCAAUAACAUCUAGGUAUGUACUUAGUGUUUCCUGAAGAGAUCUAAUUGCAAUGCUAGGUUCUUCAGAACCACAUAGACUAGGAAAUACUUGGCUAAAUACUUCUGGAUUAUUUAAUGGUAGUGAUUGUUCAUAGAAUAUAUUAGGCACCUCACAAACAUUUUCAACCACAGGUGUUUUAUUUUUUACGGGAACAUUUUCUUUCAGUCUGCAAUGACGUCUAUAUUUUUUAGCAACUCUUUUGCAAUAUGAUUCAAAGUGUGCUAAAGUAAUUUCAGGUAGAUAUGGACUAGGGUAUAUAUCAACCUUUUCAACGAAACUAUCGCCCCAUGUUUUAGUAAAAAAAUUACUUUGUUUACCUCUAUUUGGAUCAUUUAAUACUGCUGGAAGAUUUUGUGAGGAAGAAUAGAAGGUCCAGUCGUCAUUAGAGUCCUUUAUGUACAAAUGGUAUUCCCUUACGUGGUACUUAAAUCCUGCUUUCCGCAAAUCACCGAACUGCAGAGAGGAACACAUACCAUUUUGGCCAUACUGACACAAUAUAAUAGAUCCCUCUUUAAUGCUGUGCUUAUCUUGUAUAUGCCUGAAAUUAAAAACAUGGAAUAUAAAAAUAUGGUAUAAAUAUGAGCAUAUCGUUAGUAAAGAGAAUAAUAUAAUUAAAUAACCUUUCAAAUUCCGUGGCAGAAGUGAAAAGAAGUCGAGGACAGUGAACACAGUUUUGCCAUGUUGGCUUUUUACAAGUUGUAGAGUUGUCCUCCAUACCAUCUUUGUCUUAUAAAACAGUAACAGUUAAUUAUAUUUGCGAAGGAAUUAACAUUGACUUAGACUUAUUAAAUCCUGUAAAUCCACCCAAUAAUUUCAUGACAUGGUAAAUAAAAGUGACAGAAUAGACAAUUAGACAGACAUACAGCUU